UUGAAGGAAGGACCCCCGCCUUCCCCGGCUGAGGAAAAUGGCCGACGUAGAGAUGGAAAUCGAGUCUACAAGAAUGAAUAAUAAUGGGAACGAACACGUGAAAGAAGAUUUGGAGAGCAAUGAGAAGAGUGGGAGUGAGGAGGAGAGUGUUGAAAAUUCUGAAGAAGAAGAGGACGAUAAAGAGGUCAGAGAGGGGGAAGCUGAAAUAAAUGGAGAAAAGACAGCAGAGGGGUCCAAACAUUACAGCAGUGGCAGCAAACACAAGAAAAAGAAACACAAACACCGCAGCAAGCACAAAAAACACAGACACGCCUCUGAAGAGGACAAGGACCGCAAGCGCAAACAUAGACACAAACACAAGAAACACAAACGUAAAGAUGGCUCCUCUCCAUCCGCCCCUGGCAUCAACAGCUCCUCUAGCCACAGAAAAACGGACAUAUCCCCUGUAUCUGACGACAAGGCUUUAUUGGAGGAGUUGGAGAAACAGAGGGCCAUGAUCAAAGCAGAGCUAGACAGCCAGAUGAUGGAGGGGGGCAAGGUGCAGUCAGGCAUGGGCCUCAUCCUACAGGGUUAUAACUCUGGCUCUGAGGAGGGAGAUGGAGAUGGGGGGGUCCGGAAUGGGGAGCAGCACCAGAGGGACAGCAUGGCAAAGCCCCCCUCCCCGAGGGGUAGAAGUGGUAAAUCCAGACGGGACACCACAGAAGCAGGCAAGUCCAGCUCCAAGCGCCACAGUCGGAGCAAGUCCAGGGAGAGGACCGGCAAGGAGUCCAAGUCAGACAAAACGACCAAAGGCACCAAAAACACCACCGCCAAAGAACGUGGCCGCAGCAAAUCAAAAGAGAGGAAACGCUCCCAGAGCAGGUCCAAAGAGAGAAGCAAGACGUCUCCUUCCCCCUCCAGCAGGAGAUCAGAGCAGAGAGGCGGCCGCUUGGACAAACGCUCCUCGCCCCAGAACGAUGACAGACCAAACGCGGUGCACAGCAGCCGGAGGUCCAGAUCACGGGAGCGCCCAGGACGAUCGGAGGCAGAGAAAGAGCCAGACAAGAGGCCGACCAAGUCCCCGUUUAAGGACACCUCGUCAGGGAAAGAGAAUCGCUCUCCCCAAAGGCGAGGAGGAAGGGAGCUCAGCAGCCCCCAGAGGAGACGCAGCACCUCCCCACGCUCCACCAGAGACUCCCAACGGGCAUCAGCUUCAGCCUCCACCUCCAAACAGGGCUCUCCUUCCAGAGCAGCCAGGUCCCCAGCCAGGAGAGGCAGCAGUCGCUCCAUAGACGCCAGGAGGAGGGAUGCUGACAGACAGGGCUCCUCACCACUAAGGAAGCGAAUACGGCCAGAAGCAGGACCAGGGGGUAGAGCGAGGUCACGGGAGACCAGCCCCAGAGGUGCUCCACAAGGUCGCAGGAUGAGCCGCUCUCCCUUCAGAAGAAGGUCUCCCUCGCCCUUCCGGAGACGGAGUAGAUCUCCACUGAGACGCAGGUCACCAGAGAGGGACAGGUACGGCCGUCUCAGACAGUACGGCAGGCGCUCCAAUUCCCGGGACCGGGACAGGAGGAGGAGACAUGGCCGGGACGAGGACAAAUUCAAGGGCAGCCUCUCUGAGGGCAUGAAGGCCGACAAGGAGUCCUCCGAAGAGGAAGUGUUCGAGGACUUUGACGGUGAGGAGGUGGAUGAAGAGGCCCUCAUAGAGCAGCGCCGCCAGCAGCGCCUAGCUAUCGUCCAGAAAUACCGUGGCGGCAACGAGGACAGCAUGACGUCUAUGGCGUCGGAUCCCAGUAGCCCCCAGAGCAGCACGCGGAGCCGCUCGCCCUCACCAGACGACAUCCUGGAGCGCGUGGCGGCCGACGUGAAGGAGUACGAGCUGGAGAACCUGGACACGUUUGAGGAGAACAUCAAGGCCAAGCAAGGCCUCAUCACACACGAGAAGGACGGACCCAAAAAGCCCUCGGCCCCGGAUAUGUUUACAGAAUCGGACGACAUGUUUGAAGCAGCCAUUGAUAGUGCCAGGAUGAGAGCAGCAGGUGUGGGGGGGAAGGACUUCAAAGAGAACCCCAACCUCCGGGACAACUGGACCGACGCAGAGGGUUACUACCGUGUGAACAUCGGGGAGACGCUGGACAAGCGCUAUGACGUGUAUGGCUACACAGGCCAGGGAAUGUUUAGCAAUGUGAUCAGGGGCAGGGACACGGCCCGCGCCGGACAGGAUGUGGCUGUCAAGAUCAUCCGCAACAACGAGCUCAUGCAGAAAACUGGCCUGAAGGAGCUGGAGUUCCUCAAGAGGCUCAACGACGCCGACCCCGACGACAAGUUCCACUGCCUGCGCCUCUUCAGACACUUCUACCACAAGCAGCACCUGUGUCUGGUGUUUGAGCCCCUCAGUAUGAACUUGCGCGAGGUGUUGAAGAAGUAUGGUAAGGAUGUGGGCCUCCACAUCAAGGCUGUCCGCUCCUACACCCAGCAGCUCUUCCUGGCCCUCAAGCUCCUCAAACGGUGCAACAUCCUCCACGCUGACAUCAAGCCCGACAACAUCUUGGUGAAUGAGUCGAAGACCAUCCUGAAACUCUGCGAUUUUGGCUCGGCAUCCCACGUGGCGGACAACGACAUCACGCCGUACCUCGUCAGCAGAUUCUACAGAGCUCCCGAAAUCAUCAUUGGGAAGCCGUACGACUACAGCAUAGACAUGUGGUCGGUGGGCUGCACCCUAUACGAACUCUACACAGGCAAGAUCCUGUUCCCCGGCUCCUCCAACAACCACAUGAUCAAACUUGCCAUGGACCUCAAGGGCAAGAUGCCCAACAAGAUGAUCCGGAAAGGCCUGUUCAAAGACCAGCACUUUGAUCAGAACCUCAACUUCCUCUACAUUGAAGUAGACAAAGUGACUGAAAGGGAGAAGGUGACAGUGAUGAGCACCAUCAACCCCACCAAGGACCUGUUGUGUGACAUGGUGGGGGGCCAGCGGCUGCCCGAGGAGCAGAGGAAGAAGGUCCUGAUCCUCAAAGACCUGAUCGACAGCACGCUGAUGCUGGACCCGGCCAAACGCAUCAGUAUCAACCAGGCCCUGCAGCACCCCUUCAUCCAGGAGAAAAUCUGACCUCAGACCAGCUCACACUAUACCACUAGCCUGUUUCCAGAUCCAUUUGUGCUGUCUCGCCAAUUAUGGUCAUUCUGAUGUCAAUUGCAUGACAACAACAACAGUUGGCAAAACAGCACAAAACAGAUCUGGGACCAGGCUACUAUACCACCACCACCCAGAGCAGCGAUGUCAGGUCGAAUACUGCAGUAUGGCAGCCAAAAAGACAAGACCAGACUCCCCAUUAAGAAUGUUAUGGAUGUAUAUUUUUCCCUCCCCCCUAUUUUGAUUAUGAUGGGUACUAUAACCUGGUAUCUAGUUUUAUUGUAAAUAGGUCAUUGAAAAUUGACAUUCAAAAAAAUGUUUUAACUGGCAAUGAAAUGACAGAAAUUGAAAGAAUAUAAUUCCUGUAAAUAUGUCUAUUGCGUUGUUGGAAGAAUCAGAGUGUUCAGUCAGUCUAGAAAUUUGGGUCGUGUACUAUUUGGGUCAAGAAGAUGAUACAUAAUGGCACAUCUUCUGCAGUUUCUUUUUUAUGAUUACAAACAUUGCUCAUUCUGCUACGAUGCAUGCUUUUGAAUGUGCAUUCUUUCGUUGUGCCCUAGACGUGUGUAGCGCAGGCCUGUGUAAUGUAAAUGCUCUGUGUGUGUAGCAGCAUUUAUGUCCCAUAUGUUAUGGCAGCACAAGCCCCAUUUCACAGGUCCCAGGCCUGUGCUUAAGGAAUGGACUCAACAGUAGUACUGUACUCCCCUCAGAACAAUAGGAAUGUUCCAUUUCAA